ACAACCGCGGCGGUGAUGAUGACGAUGGUGGCGGUGGUGACCGGAGCUUCUGUGCCGGCUAUGUUCGUGUUUGGAGAUUCGUUGGUGGAUAAUGGGAAUAAUAAUUUCCUUAAUAGCAUUGCCAAGUCGAAUUACUAUCCUUAUGGAAUUGACUUUCCCGGAGGCUUCACGGGAAGAUUUUCCAAUGGCGAAAACUUUGUUGAUACUCUAGGACGUUACAUUGGUAUUCCAGCACCACCUCCAUUUGCAAAUCCUUCCACCACCGGACCUCGAAUAUUCGGAGGAGUCAAUUAUGCAUCCGCUGCGGCUGGUAUCCUCGACGAAACCGGCAAACAUUAUGGCGAUAGGUAUAGUUUGAGUCAACAAACACAAAAUUUUAUAUCAACGGUCUCCCAAAUGAACAGAAUGAUGAGCCGAAAUAAUGUAACUCAUUAUCUCUCGAGAUGCAUCGCGGUUAUGGUGUUCGGAAGCAACGACUACAUUAACAACUACCUCCUUCCUUCCUUGUACUCGUCUAGCGAGAUUUACAGACCUGAAGAUUACGCAAAUCUUCUCCUCAAUCAUUAUGCGCGUCAACUCGUGACCUUGUAUAGUUUGGGUUUGAGGAAGUUUUUCCUACCCGGAGUUGGCCCACUUGGUUGUAUACCAAACCAGUUGGCAACGGGUCAGGCCCCACCCGGAAGGUGUUUGGAUCAUGUGAAUCGGAUCUUAGGCCCGUUUAAUGAAGGGCUGAGAUCUCUUGUUGCAAGACUUAAUAGUGGAAACCACCCUGGUGCCAUUUUUGUCUAUGGCAACUCAUAUGGAGUUCUUGGUGACAUCCUUAACACCCCAGCCAAUUAUGGGUUAAAUGUGGUGAAUAGAGCUUGUUGUGGAAUAGGAAGGAACCAAGGGCAGAUAACAUGUCUUCCAUUUGCAGUCCCUUGCUUCAACAGGAGUCGAUACUUGUUUUGGGAUGCCUUCCAUCCAACGCAAGCAGUCAAUUUUAUCCUCGCUCGUCGAGCUUUUAUUGGCCCGCCUAACGAUUGUUAUCCCAUCAAUGUCCGACAAAUGAUUGCUUUCAAUAGUUUUUAGAAUAAACUACUUUAUCAUCAUGUGUAAUGAUC